UGCGCGUGCGUGUCCAGACGUGGCAACUGCAUCAUGGCUACUUGGAUUUGCUGCGGGAGCAGGAUGAGGGACACGAGAGCGCUUUUCUUCGUUCUUACGAUUCUUUUUGCUGCCUUUCUGGAUGCAUUGAAGGUUUCACCAUUGAUAGAAAAGGUCAGCGAGCACAAGGACUUCAAAAAGCUUCUGAGGACUCGGACCAACGUUCUCAUCCUCUACUCCAAAUCAGCUGCUGCAGGUGAAAGACAACUCAAGUUGCUGUCUGAGGUGGCACAGGCAGUUAAAGGCCAGGGCACCAUUGCCUGGGUGGACUGUGGAGACUCUGAAGGCCGGAAGUUAUGCAAGAAGGUGAAGGUCGACCCGAGCUCCAAAAAGGGCAGCGUGGAGAUGCUGCAUUACAAGGAUGGUAACUUCAACACUGAAUACAACCGACCGGAAACCUUUAAGUCUAUAGUGGCGUUCUUGAAGGACCCAACAGGAGCUCCACUAUGGGAAGAAAAUCCCGAAGCCAAGGACAUCACCCACAUUGAAAGUGAAAGGGAAUUUCGAAAAUUGCUGAAAAAGGAGGAGAAACCGAUUCUAAUGAUGUUCUACGCUCCAUGGUGUGGAGUGUGCAAGAGGAUGAUGCCAGCUUUCCAGCAGGCUGCCACCGACCUGAAGGGUAACUAUGUGCUGGCUGGAAUGAACGUGCAUCCUGCGGAGUUUGACGGGAUUAAACAGGAGUUCAACGUGAAGGGAUACCCCACCUUCUGUUAUUUUGAAAAAGGAAAGUUCUUGCAUCACUACGAGAAUUAUGGAGCCACAGCGAAGGACAUCGCCGAGUGGAUGAAGAACCCUGAACCCCCCCACCCUAAAACUCCGGAGGUUCCCUGGUCAGAGCAGGAGUCCGCCGUCUUCCACCUGACAGAUGAAGAUUUCGACAAGUUCCUGCAGGACCACCCGAAAGUGCUGGUGAUGUUCUACGCCCCAUGGUGCGGUCACUGUAAGAAAAUGAAGCCAGACUAUGAUGAAGCUGCCGAGGUCCUCAACAAGGAUGAGCACAGCCCCGGAGUCCUGGCAGCAGUUGACGCCACCAUCCACAAAGUUGUGGCAGAAAAGUACCACGUGUCUGGCUUCCCAACAGUCAAAUACUUUGAGGACGGAGAGGAGAAGUUCACGCUGCCGCACCUCCGGACCAAAGACAAGAUCAUCGAGUGGCUCCACAACCCUCAAGCGCCACCUCCUCCAGAGCAGUCCUGGGAAGAGAAGCCAUCGCAUGUGAGCCACCUGGCAGCUGAGGACUUCAAGGACUUCCUGAAGAAGAAGAAGCACGCCCUCGUCAUGUUUUACGCCCCGUGGUGCCCCCACUGUAAAAACGCCGUCCCACACUUCACGUUGGCGGCUGACUUGUUUAAAGAAGACCGGAAGAUUGCUUAUGCUGCUGUUGACUGCACCAAAGGUCAAAACCAUGAAGUCUGCAAACAAGAAGGAGUCGAGGGCUACCCCACCUUCAAUUACUACAACUAUGGAAAGUUUGGAGAGCGCUACAGUGGGGAGAGAGGGGAGACGGGCUUUGUCACUUUCAUGAAGACACUACGAGAGAAGGAUCAGGAAAAGGUGGGCAAGAAGAAGGACGAGUUGUAACGGCACGUGACACCCCGAGCCUUUGCCGCUUCUCAAGACGGUGGAUUCCCGACGGGAGAAGUGAGAAGCGUAAAUGGAGUUUCAGGCACAGUCUUGCCUGCCUCUUGACGUGAUUAUUCCGAAGCAAAAAAAAAACAAUUCCCAAGAAAACCCGUUGAGAUUUCGCUCCCCACUGACAACGACGAAGUGCUCCGAGACCACUUGACCUAUGCAAUAACGUCCGGCUUUUUGUUACUGGCUUUAAUUUUUCCUAAUUCACGGUGCGUUUCUAGUGUGCUUUGCGACGAUUGUGUCAAUGUACAGAAUCACAGUUUCUAUUUUUUUGGGACUUCUUGCUCUUUCCACGAGGGACUGACAAUGUAUAAAGCUACUUUGAUCGACUUAUUUUUUUAUCGGAUAAUGUGAAGGCACAAAGCAUGUCCUGUUUAAGUUUCAGAGUGUGGCCUUAAAUUGAACCCUGUUGAAAAACGUCAUCCAAAGGUUUCCUAGCAUUCCAAAUCCGACCGAUGUGAAGCCGUGUGAACAAAUCAAGCUUUUCUGUUUUGAAACUGCGUGCGUUUCAGAGUAAAGACCGGGGGGGCUCUCAUGUCACACGCUUUAUAAGGGUCCAGGUGACACAUUUUAGCUGCACUUGCAGGCGUCUUUUUGUUUUUUCGACUUGACGUCACCUCCGGCUGCUCAGAAGGAGGCCCAGCAGUGUCCUUUAACGAUUCUUUGAGGAGUCGGAGCUUCUUCAAGGUACCUGCAUAUCAAUUAAAAAACUGCGAUUUCCAACAGACGCCGUACCUCACCUUGGCUACCGCACAUUGACCGAUUAAUGCUUGUGACACUGCAGCUUAUGUCACAGAACUAGAGGAGAAAGGGUGACGUGACAAAGCCGCGCAGAGCUACCGCUCGACUGUCACCGUGCCAUCUGGUUGUCUGGAGCAGGCAGGACGUGACGACUGCAGGACUUGAGCCCACUAUGGCCCUUUACCUUUCCGGGUGUUGUGCCUGCUCUUUCGUUUAUUUAAAUUAAGGUUCUCAGGGACGGCGGGACUGCAGGUGGGCAAUUAAAGGGAACAAUCGUGAUUCACGCUGAACUUUGAAGCUGGAGAGACCGACCGAGUACUGAGGGCGUCUGACUUGUUUACACUCUGCACGAUGUCCGUGUCACCCGUGUCACCCGCGCCACAGGACUGGGCCGAGCAGAGCAGGACACGACGCCUGUGCUCACCUUCACGACUUUCUCUGUGUUUCUUCUUAGGCACCAAACUGAAAGAAUCUUGUGAACUGUAAUAAUAACGAGAACGACGGUAAAAUAAAAAACCAAUAAAGAACACGCUGGGUCACACACGGUG